CGUAAAGGGGGCGUUCCGGAGCCAGGGCACGUCUCAGUUGGCGGUACCAGGUGUGUUCAAACCUGUGGCAGCCGGACGGUCGUUCCCUCGACUCAGUCAUCACCACAUCACGGGCUGGAGCUCAGCUGCACGAGCCGCCUCCCGGUGAACGCUCGCCGCCUCCUCCGCAGCCGCCCACAGGUAUGAGGGGAUUUCUCGUUGACGCACCACGUUUCAGCGACGGACAGCUCUCAGUCUAACGCGCACUCUUGUUUACAUCCCGGGUUUUGGUUACGCACGGAUAUGGUUCCAGCGCACGGAGCCUGUGAUUGCUGGUCCAUUUUCUAAACCCACCGCGGUGUUGUUUUACGCACGGGGAGCGCGUGGAUAUUACUGCAGCCAGCCGCGGCAACCGUGCGCGCACCGGAGCACAAGCCCGUGGGAUGACAGACCUCGGCGGCGUGGCUGACGAGUGAGAAGCAGCCUCAUUAACGCCAGGAAGAUGAAAUCCCCGGCAGGUCGGGAGGGAAACACAGGAGGGUUUAUUAGGCCGCGUCACCCCGCGCUCGUUUAACCACAGCACACGGAGGCGACUGUUCCCACUGAGCUCGUUCGUUGUUGAGCAACCAAAAGGGAGGAACCAUGUCCAGGACACUGAAGAAGAAGAAACACUGGUCCGGGAAAGUGGUGGAGUGCGCGGUGUCAUGGGGGAACCUGGGAGACUUCGGCUCCGUGGUGGAGGUUCUCGGGGGCGCGGAGAUGGGACAGUUCCCGCACCUGGGCCAGAUGAAGCUGGACGUGCUGGUGUGCCACGUCGGGAAGCUGCCGUACUACGGGGACGUGUUGCUGGAGGUGAACGGGACGCCCGUCAGUGGACUUACAAACCGCGACACCCUGGCUGUCAUCCGCCACUUUCGGGAGCCGAUUCGCCUGAAGACCGUCAAACCAGGUAAAGUGCUGAACUCGGACCUGCGCCACUACCUCAGCCUGCAGUUUCAGAAGGGCUCGCUGGACCACAAGCUGCAACAGAUCAUCCGGGACAAUCUCUACCUACGCACCAUCCCCUGCACCACACGGCUUCCUCGAGACGGGGAGGUGCCCGGCGUCGACUACAACUUCAUCAGCGUGGGAGACUUCAGGAUCCUGGAGGAGAGUGGACUUCUCCUGGAGAGUGGCACCUAUGAUGGUAACUACUACGGGACCCCCAAACCUCCGGCCGAGCCCAACCUGGUGCAGCCGGACCUGGUGGAUCAGGUGCUGUUUGAUGAAGACUACGUCGGUGACGGUCCCAGAAAACGCACCACCUCGGUUAGCAAGAUGGACAGGAAGGACAGCGCAGUCCCUGAGGAAGAAGACGAUGACGACAGGCCACCGCUAGUCAAUGGAUUGCCCGAGCUCAAAGAGAGGGCGGACUGGAGGAAAGCGGUGCCCAGCUAUACCCAGUCCAGCAGCUCCAUGGACUUCCGCACAUGGAGCUCGCUUCCCCGCGAUGACAGCCUGGAGCCGCUGCCCCUUAACUGGGAGAUGGCUUACACCGAGACCGGCAUGGUCUACUUCAUAGAUCACAACACCAAGACGACCACGUGGUUGGACCCCCGCUUGGCAAAGAAGGCGAAGCCCCCUGAGAAGUGUGAGGAUGGAGAGUUGCCUUACGGCUGGGAGGAAAUUGAUGAUCCACAGUACGGCACAUACUACGUGGACCACAUCAACCAGAAAACCCAGUUUGAGAACCCGGUCCUGGAGGCAAAGAAGAAGCUGAGCCAGGAGACGGCUGCGAUCCAACAAGCCGCAGCGGCACCUUCCCAAGGGAAGGGAGGUGCGUCCGGCUUCACCCCAGACCCCAACCAGCUGAAGGGGGAGAUGUACCACACGGCGCUGAAGAAGAGCUCCCAGGGGUUCGGAUUCACCAUCAUCGGAGGUGACCGCACGGACGAAUUCCUGCAGGUGAAGAAUGUGCUCGGCGACGGCCCCGCUGCCCACGACAACAAGAUGUCUUCUGGUGACGUGAUUGUUGAGAUCAACGGGCUCUGCGUGCUGGGCAAGACUCACCCAGAUGUGGUGCAGAUGUUCCAGUCCAUUCCCAUCAACCAGUACGUGGACAUGGUUCUGUGCCGUGGAUACCCGCUCCCCCCAGAUGUGGAUCUGAGCAGCGACGACCCUCUGCCACCUCCUCCUCCUCCGUCGGCCAGCCAGCCCCAGCAGGCCCUGCACGGUGGGGAGGUGGUGACGGCCGUGCCCCUCAUCAACGGGCAGCCGCUGCUCGUGAAAGGCGACGUCCUGCACGGCUCCUCUCAGGAGCUCCACUACGUCACCACGGACGCCAGCGGGCGGCCCGUCGUGGCCGCCAUGCCCAACGGCAGGCAGGGGGAGGUGGCAGGGAUGCUGCAGCCUGAGCUGGUGAGCGUGCCGCUGGUGAAGGGGCCGGGGGGGUUCGGGUUCGCCAUCGCCGACUGCCCGCUGGGCCAGAAGGUGAAGAUGAUCCUGGAUGCUCAGUGGUGCCGCGGCCUGCAGAAAGGAGAUGUCAUCAAGGAGAUCAACAGGCAAAAUGUGCAAACUCUGAGUCAUGCUCAAGUGGUGGACAUUCUGAAAGACUUGCCGGUGGGCAGCGAGGUCGAUGUGCUCGUGCUGCGAGGAGGUCAAACAUCCCCUGUGAAGAGUCUAAAGCCUAGACAGGAAAUGACGGCCAGCACAGAGACCUUGGACGAUAUCGGCGACUCGGCUCCCCAGGCCUUGCCUUACCACUCCAACACGAGCACCCUGCGCUCCAUCGACUCCCCCAAACGAGACGCCACAGAGAUGUACCUGAAGUCCAAAGCCCUGCUGGACAGCAGACAGCCUCACACCAAAGACAUAGAUGUUUUUCUAAAGAGAGACAUUGAAACAGGCUUUGGCUUCCGUGUUCUGGGAGGAGAAGGUCCACAACAACCAAAUGUCUUUCCCCAGGUGUACAUCGGGGCCAUUGUGCCCAACGGAGCUGCAGAGAAAGACGGUCGUCUGCGAGCAGGGGACGAGCUCAUUGGCAUCGACGGUGUGAUGGUGAAAGGUCGUUCUCACAAGCAGGUGUUGGAUCUGAUGACCAACGCCGCCCGAAACGGUCAAGUGAUGCUGACUGUACGAAGAAAGGUCAUCUACAGAGAUGCCACAGAUGAGGAGGCCCUGGAAAUGGCUCCGGUGCUGGUGAACGGUUCCCCCAAGCUACCUCGUCUGCCGAUGCCCAGCGCUCUGGACCACGAGUCUUUUGACAUCACGCUCCACCGCAAAGAUAUCGAGGGAUUUGGCUUCGUCAUCCUCACGUCCAAGAGCAAACCGCCGCUCGGAGUUAUCCCGCACAAAAUUGGCCGAAUCAUCGAAGGCAGUCCCACCGACCGCUGCGGCCUGCUGCACGUCGGAGAUCGUAUCUCGGCGGUCAACGGGCGCUCCAUCAUUGAGCUCUCUCACAAUGACAUUGUGCAGCUUAUCAAGGAGGCCGGCAACGUCGUCACUCUCACUGUAGUUCCGGAGGAUGAAUACAAGGGCCCUCCGUCUGGAGCGAGUUCAGCAAAACAGAGUCCGGCUCUGCAGCACAGGGCCAUGGGUUCAAGGUCAGCACUUCAGGAUGAGCGUUAUAACCUCGACCUGGAGGAGAAGAGGGACGGAGUCAACUGGUCCGACCACAAAACGCUUCCUCUCAGCGAGCAGGGGACUCUGUGUGUGACGGGACCCAACCAGGGUUGUCUGACGGUGGAGCUGGAGCGGGGACCUCGGGGCUUCGGCUUCAGCCUUCGAGGGGGAACAGAGUACAACAUGGGCCUGUACAUCCUGAGACUCGCAGAGGACGGAGCCGCUCAGAUCGACGGAAGAAUCCAUGUUGGAGAUGAGAUAGUGGAGAUUAAUGGGGAGCCGGCUCGUGGCAUCUCUCAUACACGGGCUAUUGAGCUGAUCCAGGCCGGAGGAAACAAAGUGGCGCUGCUGCUGCGACCCGGAGCAGGCCUGGCUCAAGAUGGAAGUCAACGCGAUCAAAAAUUCAUUUCACCCACAAGCUACUCCAGCGAGGUGUUUUUCUCUGACACAUCACCCCUGACCUCUCCAUACUCCGCCGGGGCUUCCAUCUUCGUGUCCCCACCCUCCUCCAGCAAACUGAAACAUUCCUCCAGCUGGAGCAGCCUGUCCCCACAGGGCCUCAAGCCCCGCAGCAGCAGUGGCAGCGGCAGCCGGGGUUUAAGCUCCGUGGAGGAGAGUGAUGAGGGGGCCGACAGGGAGGUCAGAAGGCUUUCUCCCUCCUCCCCCGAGCAUGUGAAGUUCUACAAGAGGACCAGGCCCACAAAGGACUACAGAGAGCUAAGCAGCCCAAAGAAAACAGGGGAGACAUUUCCUAAAGCCAAAGAGCAACUCCACAGUCCCACGAAGAUGGAGAGUCGGGCACGGGAAGAAGUGCUGAGCAGGAACAGGACGUCUCACACACAAACAAAAGCAGAAUCCACGAUCGUGAGGAAGCCUUCUCAGGCGGGACAGCCUUCUCAGGCGGGACAGCCUUCUCAGGCGGGACAGCCGCCGGCUUCGACUCUGCAGCAGCGAGGCCCUCAGCUGAGAUUCAAAGACUCCUCCAGCAGAGAGAGCUUGAAUCACGAGAAGAAAAACGGCAAUGGGGGGGGUCUUGAGACGAGGCGAUACUCACAAGGAAAAGAGAUGGAAGUGAGAGCAGAGAAGAUGAGGCAUGAGCAAGUCAGUUUUAAAAGGAGAGUGGCGGGAGAAACUCUCCGCCUCAGAUCAUCGCCUCAUGCAGCCAGAGACAACGAGAAAGGAACAGGGAAAGACUCAGGGCGGCCAGAUGCUAACGACAAGAGCAAACCUCCGGGAGAAACGAGCAGAUGUAGAGAGACGACAAACGGCAGAAGAGAAACCCUGUUGUCUUUUAAAGAUGCGCAGGGUAGAAAGGUUUCCGUGGUUUCGCCCAGAGAGGCCAAAGGACGACAAGAUGCGUUUUCUCGCUGCAGAGACGACGGUAGUAAGGACAACUUUGUGGUCUCUGUAAACAGUGUCCCAGGGACCCCGCAGAGCCCAGAGGGACCUAUUAGCCCCGGCCCCUGGAAAGUGCCCAGCUCAGCUAGAAUCCUCUCCAAGGCCGAGGUUCUCCGUGAGCCUUUGUGAUGGGAAACAUAUAUACAGUCACCCAGAAUAUGAAACAGUGGAUUGUUUUUUCUGAGUUCUUCCAUAAAAUACAGAAAACUAUUACUACGACCAGUUUCUUCUUUCCUUUCCUUUUGGGGAGUCCUGUGACAUCACAUGUAGCAGCUCGCCCCUGCCUCGUCCGCUGCUUCGGCAUCUUUGACGUGGGACUGCGGCAUGUGCGGCGUGCUCGGGGGCGUUUUGUCAGACAGGACACUUUGAAAUGUGAAAUACAGAUAUGUGCCAAUCCUGGGAGUCUCCUGUGGAACUACCAACAGCGCUUUUCCUCCAUUACAAUGCAACGACCCAUAUGCAAAGAAAGGGAGAACGGCCCCCUCGCCUCUCGCCUGUAGUAAACACCAACUGUGACUGUCAUCCAGGAUUUCAUUUUGCUCUCUCUCGGCCUCAUUGUGGGAAAUUUUUGACUCUGUCUUCUUUUUCUUAAAAGUUUUUUUUUUUUUUUUUUAAAUCUCAGCUGCAUGCAGUCGGUCCUUCUGUUUGUUUUACUGCAUGUGUUCUGCACAUCACUGACGAUGAUCCUUUUCCUUGUUUAUAACUCCCACUCUCAGAUUUCAAAUGCAACCCAGCAAGCGUUCACUUUACCAGGGGACUCUAGACUGUUCUAUGGUUGUAGACGCGACUCUCCUCCAUUAAAACAACAACAACAAAAAAAAACUGUAUCGUUAAAAAGACCAGAAACUUGUGGUUUGAGAUCUUGUUUACCAUGUGUACGAUAACCAACCAGUGUGUAAUUUAUUGAGAUAAUAGAUGAAUAUAUGUAUAUGUAGCCGUACCAAGCCAUUCCACAUUUUGAUAUAGACUUCAAAUAUUUGUCCCAUGUUGUUUGAGCUCUCACCCUAUUUCCAAUGUACUUCAGUGGUAGGGAUUACCAUGAGUCUUUGUAGUUCAUCAACUGUAUAGUUAACAUGCAAACCACCGUACCAAAUGUUUGCAGUCGCUCAAAUCGUGUCUCAUUGUGAAAUAUUAUAUAUAAAUAUAUAUAUAUAUAUAUUUGAAUGUGUCAUAUUUGCAGAUUCUAACUUUAAAGAUAUCUAUUGAAUUUCAUUGCACUGCAUCUGCCCUUGUAGCAUAACAGUAAGAGAAUGACCAUGAGUUGUAUUUUAAUUCGUGAUGUUGACUUGCUACCAAUGCAUUGCCAUUUUUUAUUAUUAUUAUUGUUAUUACUUUAUAAAGAUGUUUCUUUUUUUGUAAAAGUUUCACUGUUAAAGGCCAAAUUUUCAAUUUAUAUAAUUCUGUGCAAGUUUUCAGUCAUG